AUGGUUAGAGCCGGGAAGUUGAAAUCGGGCGCUGCCAAAAAAGUGAAUCGAUGGUCCUCGAGUUCGCAGAGCAAUCCCGGCACCACGAAACACCGAAGCUCGGCACUCGCUCGCAAGGGUCUCAAGAAGUUCCAGGAUGGAUCUUCCGGGGCGACUGGCCUCACGGCUGAUAAUCUUCGCAUUCUUGACAGAAUGACUGGGGCCGUUCCAAGAGAAGAAGAUGACGAUCUUCUUGACGAGUUGGACCUCAAGUCUGAAAUCUCCGGAGCUUCUUUCCGAACCUUCGUCUCCGGAGUGACUGACUGUACGAACAUGACCUUCAACAGAGUGAAGGCUCACUGGGAGAAGAAUCCCGAAAAACACAAAGAAGUAGUGGCGGUAUUGGCGGCGAUCACCGAGGCUCUGCUGGCGUUCGUCUUGCACCCAAAGCCGAAAGUGCGAAAGGCUGCUCAGAAAGGCGCCGCUCUUCUUAUCCAUACUCCUGGCAUCGCGCACUCCUGCGUCGAGGAGAUCGCGCGUUUCUCCCUUGCUGAACUACAGAAGGCGCAGAAAGAAACGCACACGCUUCAGUUGUUGACAUUCUUCCGGGCAACGAUUUACAUGUUUCCCCUGCAGCAGCAAAAAGAGCUGUGCCAAGCCUGUUUGAAGCUGCUCAAUCUUCAGUCACAAAUGGUGCGAGUUCAAGCGCUGCGAACAAUCAACGAGUAUCUGCGAGGCAUUGUAAGACAAGCGCAGAAGGCCGUCCUAGGCGGCAUUGAAGAAGGCGCAGAAGACGUGGAUCAGCUUCGAGCAAAGCUGACAUCGAUGCAGCUCGAAGGCAUCCCCACAGAUUUAAUUGGGAAGCUUUUGUCGGCGCUGAAGGAAGUAAAGCCCUGUUCGCGCGACGUAUCUGUUUGCUCCUCUUGGCUCGAAGUCGUCUUCUCGUGCUGUUUCUGUCUCGCCACAUCGAACAACCCACGAAUGGCGAUUUCUCACUUGCCCAACGCAAUCGAGAACUGCUACACUCUUCUUGAUGAGCCAGACAAUGGAGCUGCCGUCGGUUCAACAAUGCAGAAGAUCCUUUCUGAAGUCGCCAAACAUUUGACAGAAUUAGACCUCAAAGAAAAUGCUCCCGGAGACUUGAUUCUCAAACAACUCGUUAACGGCCUUCAAUUCCAGUAUUCAAGCGUGAUGGACUGUACUUUGGAUGCGCUAUCGUCGUUUUACGUCUCUUUGAAUAUGCGAGAAGUACGUAACAAGGCUGUAUUGGAGUUCCUUGCGUCUCCUCUCAAACUCCUCGCCCAGUUGAGAUUGAAUCCGCUCUUCAGCCACAAGAUCGCUCUCGAUAAUUGUGCUGGAUCGAUUCUUUCCUGCAUCGGUCCAGAAGCGUUCCUCACCGCCCUCCCGAUCGACAUUUCAGGAAAUCCAGAAACAGAUGGUGAGCUACCCUACAAAUGGAUAAUUCCGAUUUUGGAAUCAAAAUUGAGCGGUUUGAGGAAGAUUGUGAACAAUAUUUACCACGAUAAUGUUCCGGUGAUGUACAGACUCAACCUGGGCAAAUUCGGCGCUAAUUAUAUGAAGACGAUGUUGGAACUUUAUCGAUCAAGGGAUUUCUCUGCGAACGCAAUGUCAGCGGCGAAAGAGUGGGUGAAGAUCACUCCCAAAGAAAAGUUAGCGUUCUACUAUAAAGUGGCUCAAGAUAAGGCGCAAAACGAACCCGAAGAGUCCCUACGACCACUCUACUGGGAUAUCGCCAUCCUAGUUACCCCGUGGCUUCAUGAGGAGAUGGUAAAUACCGCGUUUGCGGAAGGGCUAGCGAUGGCGCGUAACGAUUCAGCUUUGCUCCAGAAAAAGGCGUGGAGAGUACUCGAGCAAAUUGCUUCGACCAACAAUAAGAUCUGCAAAAAGAUCAUGAAAGAGAAUGAAGAUGCUAUUAUCAAGGGAUUCAUGUCGACCCUCGGUUCUGUUGCAGCCAACGCGCGAAAGCCUCGAAUUCAGCUGCUCGAAAUUAUGCUUCCCGCGCUGGAUAUGGACACACUCAACGCUCUUAUUUCUGAGCUUGUUUUGUGCACAAAGGACAAGAACGCAAUCACUCGAGCUCUUGCCUAUACUGUGCUUACGAAGAUAGCCGCCAGAUACGUUGCCAGUGGGGAAGAAGGUGCCAUUUUGCCGUACAUGCAGACUGUACUACAAGGCUUGACUGGCAACCCGUUGACAGUUGCCUGCACACUCAAUGUUCUCAAUAUUUCUCUACACGAGUUCCGCCGAGAAAUACCCCCUGAAAUUCACGAGAUGGCUACCGUCUCAUUCUUGAUCACACUGACGAAAAUUCUCGACAAGGACACUCUAGCCGUCCAUGUGGAGAAGAUUGUCACUGCCGUGGUUAAUUGGAAGAAAGAGACGAGGAAUCCAUUCCGAGUGAAAGUCAGACGACUUCUCGAAAGACUCAUCAAGAAGUUUGGUUUCGAAAUUGUCGUCAAAUUUAUUCCUGAUGGCUCUCCUCUUGCAAAAAUGCUGGCGAACGCUAAGAAAAUCCGAGCAAGAAAUGAGCGACGAAGAGCAGAACAAGAAGCAAACGAGGAAUCAGAUGACGAAGAAUACCGAGACGCUGACCAAAAUCUUGAUGAUUUGAUCAACGACACAGACUCAGAGGACGAUGACGAUGAGCCAAAGCAGAAAAAGAGCAAGUCUAAGAAGUUUACCGAUCAGCUGAUGGAAACUGAGGACGGAGAAGUCGUAGAUCUGUCCGCUGCGCACGCCGCGGUCUCGUCCGCCCACGUCAGGAGUAAAAGACAACGCAAAGAAAAAUCAAACGAUAGCGAUGAUGAAAUCGGCUCUGCUCCUGAUGGCCGAAUUAUUGUACGAGAAAAGAAGAAUAAAAAGGAGGAUAUGGAUAUGCUCUCUUCCGACGAUGAAGAAGGCCUUCCUGAGAAUAUUCGAAUGUCCGAUCAAAAGAUCGCGAUGUCCGAAAUGAGCGAACGAGGAACUAAAGGGAAGAAGAGAGAACAGGAUAGUUCAAUGGGAGGCGGAGAGGUUUAUCAGUCGAAGAAAGCAAAGGGAGAUGUCAAACGAAAGAACAAACACGAUCCCUACUCGUAUCUUCCCCUUAGAAAAGAUAUGCUUAAUAAGAGGAAAAAACACAGUGGAGGCGCAGUUCCUGGCUUGAAAAAUAUUGUAAAAGGCGCGAAGAGAGGAGCUCAGAAGGGAAAGAAAAACAGAAGAAAGUAA